AUGGGUCUGUUCAUCUUGCCACUUCCACGAAACCCAUCACACAAUUUGACCCCGGAGAACAUUCUGCUUGUGCCUACCACCACAAGUUGUGGAAGUACUAGUUUGGUGGCAAAGAUAGCUGAUUUCGGAUUGGCUAAGAGAACAAAAGAAAAGAUGGGUGGAUCUGGAUGUAAAGGCUCUCCUAUGUAUCUGUCUCCAGAAGCUUUGCUUGACAAGUUGCAGGAUCAGCCCUCUGAAAUUUGGUCUGUUGGUUGCGUUGUGCUUGAGAUGCUCACUGGGAAGCCCCCAUGGGAUACGAGUUAUUGUUGGAAGCCUCAGGAUUUCCUGAACAUGCUGGUUUUUGACUCUCCCAAGAUUCCAGCUAAAAUCUCAAAGGAGGGGAGGGAUUUUAUAAAGAUCUGCCUAGCCUUCAAUCCCUGUAAAAGGUUAACUGCUGAAGAGCUCUUAUCUCAUCCGUUCGUUGCUCAGUCAAUACCACCAGAAGAAUAUAAUGGAGCUUCACAAUCUGAUACUGCAAGUGUAACUUUGAGUUCAAGCAGUGAAGAAGUGACUGUGCUUUGA